GCUUUGGCCAUCCUCUACCUGGCUUUAGUCCCGGGAGGCAGCACUGUAGUGGCCGUUCUGAAUCUCGCCGUUCCCAUCGUCCAAGUGACUGGCACCUUUGUGUCUCCACCGCAGGAAGUGUUUGAGUACCCCAUCAAGCCUUGGGCGGUGCUGUUCAAACCAUUGCAGCGCCGCAUCGCUCCGAAGCUGGCCAGCAAACUGGACGCGGCGCUGGAGGCCGCUGACGGCGACCAAGUCGUCCGUUUGAAGGACGAG